GAAUGAAGUUAAAAAAGAAGAAAAGAAACUAGAGCGGAAAACAGAACAUAAAGUAGAAAAGAAUGAAGUCAGAAAAAAAGAAGAAAUCAAAGAAGAAGCACCAGGAGAUACAACAAAAGAGAAAAAAGUUGUUAACUUAUCCAAUUCGAAUUAUUGGAAUAUCAAGCAAAUAGAAAAGGAGCUAUUCUCAGUGCUUAAAAUUGAUAAGGUAGAUUUCAAGACAGAAUGUUUACAUAAACAUAAGAUACCUAACUAUCCUUCCAAUCCAAUGACUUCAAACAUACAAACCACGUGCCCUACAGCCAAUAAUCGUAAUUCUACUAAAAGUGACACCACAAUUAGAGUAGAAGAAGAAUAUUUCGAAUCAACUACUGAUACAGUAGUUGAUGGAAAAUCGCAAAAAAAACUUACACAGCAAAGAAGAGUAGUAGAUUCUUUUAAAGAUAAUUCACGUGAAAAUGGCGGCAAAAACACAUCUAUUCCGACUUUGGUAAAUUCGAAACCAUUUAAACCAUUGACGGUAUCGAAGAAAGUAUUUCAGCCCACUAAAGCUUUAACACCAAAGGUAUACGGAAAAAAUACAACCACUACUACCGUGUCCGAAGUAAAAUCUCAAAAAGCCGACACAGAACAGAUAAAAUGUCACAAAUUUGUCACUACGCCUAAAUGCCCUAAAACUGGGGUGCCAGAAACUCGUCACCCAAAAAUGCACAUGAUAAGCAAAUAUGUGGCACCCUUAGGUAGAAUAUUUAAAUUAGACAAUAAUGCAGCACAUAUCAUCACGCAAUCUAAACAAGCGGGAAUGUGGCAAAGUUAUAAAUUGUCUUCUUUAGAUCCACUCAGUAGAAAAGUUAAGGAACUAAUAGUUGGGGAACAAAAAAACCUGGAAAGUAAAGUGGAAGAAGAUAACGUGCACCCCAAACCGACAACAUGUACUGCGCCGAAUUCGGAAUCUGUUUUUGGAUAUUCAGAUAACUUUUUGCAUAAAGUGUUCCAGCCUAAUGUGAAUCCAUUCGAGAAUCAGUGUUUAAAAUUGGUACGCUUGGGUGUUCAGUCACACCCACAAAAAAGAGAUCUGCAUUAUACACAUAUAACUGUAGAUAAAUUUCCACGUUCAUCUUAUAGACCUGAUAUAUGCACUAUAGAAAAGCUCGAUCCAAAUAAGACUGCAAUAUUUGAGGAAGAGGAGCGAUUGGGCACAUUGCAAUGAAAUGAGAUAUCUAAACCUGUUUCCAAUGCAAUAAAACGGAUCAACUUCACACAAUGGCUCUAUAACUUGUUUUUCCAUCUAUACAUGAGCACUUCAUAUUAUAUUGAAAAGUUUGUAUUCUAUAUUCCAAGAUGAAGCAACUGUUCGAAUACCUCUCGAUGGCAUAAGAAAAGGUGACAUCUCUUCAUGCUAAUUAAAUUUGCAAAGCCAGCUAUUCUGGAAAACUAUUUCUCUUACGCUUUAUGUAGUGCUAUAUAUAGCUUAAUUAUUGAGACAUUAAGCAUUAAAGUUGGAAAAUUUUACAAGGAAACGACCAGCAACGAGGAACGUGUCUAGCACCUAACACCUGGAUCCCGGCAAAACAUUUUGCUGUUAUCAGUUGUUUAUGAAAUCAUCGUACACAGUACACUGACUGGUUGGUGUUAGAAGACUUGUGUAUUUUUUGUUAAUGCAAUCCAUAUAAAAAGUUUACAGCUUUAAACCUUGAUAUCUCGGGAAGUAAGCUAUAUUGAUAUUUAGCAAAGCGCAAAAAAGAGUUGCCCAAAAUAGCUGAUUGUAUUAAAAGCCGUUGUUAGAUCAGUGUGUUCGGAAAAUCGGAAUCGUAUCAAUGGUUUAGCUAUGGAGUAAAAUCGUUGGUAUAUAGCAGAGGUUCGCAAGCUAUGCUGCGCGAUACAUAAGGUGGUCCGCAAGGAAGCCCCUGUGCUUCGUGGCAAGGUCAAAUGAUUACUUAUUAUGUAUACCUUUUAGAGAAGUACAAGGAAGGAUUAAAUUAAAUUUUCAAUAAAAGGUGUUCCACCCAGAAUUUCAAAUUUUUAAAAUUCUACGCCUUUGGCAUAAAGAAUGAUUUGGUUUGUGGAUAGAAUAAUUUCGUUGGUGUCGAUAAGUAGCUGGUUUGUUCACAAAAUGUGAAGCACAAAAGAACCUAAACAGAAUAAUAUGUUUUAAUUACUACAAUAAAUCAAGGUGACUAACUGGAAUACCUAUUUAGGGAAAUAGUGACAUGCCCAUCAAUUGUAUAUAUCCAUUGGACAAAUCCUGUUUGCGAGCAUUAUUAGUUCCAUGAAAUUAUUAAAGUCCUAGUCCCACUACCAAUACCAAUACUACUGCCAUUAAUUAUUACGAGUAUAUUCCAGUUACAACCCGACUCCGCGGGGUUGUGGGUUUGCUAACAGCUUUUAUUUAUGUGUAUUUGCUAUUCCAUGCACAAAGACCGUAAUAUUACGGUCUUCGCAUGAGCAUGACGAUAGCAUAUACAUGAACCAUUUAUAGCUAAAAGUUCGUGCUCGAGUGUUAUGUUAUUUUAUGUCAGCAACCAUAAAGUAUUCCGAUUUUUGAGUUUCGCACAGAUCUGUGGUUAAGCAAAACACUAACUACGCCUAACUAUGCUGAUUUCACAAGCUUAAUUUGCCAACAAGUAGAAGCACCAUCUGACUUCUCUAUUUUGUGUAAAAGUGUGCUAUAUUAGAAUUCGAUACCUCAAGAACGAAACCAUAUCGACAGAGUGUAGUCGAAAAAGUUGGUCUAAACACUGUCAAAUCCGGGCACCCCGGAAAUCAAAAUUCUCCAAUUCCUGUCUUCAAAAAUCUGAAACUGAUUUUGUCAGAUUUUAAUAUAUUAUACUGGAGAAGAUAUUUUAAUCAUAUAAGACUAAGACUAAAUAUAUAGUUCUCUUCCAAUGCAAGCAUUGUGCACAAAUGAAUCAUUCACUUUAAUUGAAGAACUGCAAACUCAUAGUGCCCUUCAAAAGAUUGCUCUAUUAUUCCCGUCUCAGAGAAGCUGUAUAGUCAAUGCGAAGUGCAUCAAGAAACAGUUAAAUCCGAUUAUCAGUGCUACGCACGCAACAAAUAUUAAGUUUACAUUACUCAUAAGAAUGUUAAGAGAUGGUUGGAGAAGAGGAUGUUGGAUGAAGAGUUAAGAGAUGUGUGGGUGAUUUCAAUCGUAUUCGUACCAUUUAAAUCAAUGAAGACAUUUGGAAAAUAUGAAUGAUCGGACAUGAUUAGGUAAGUACUCUAUGCGUUUAAUACAGCAUUUGGUGAGCAAUGGUUCAGAGGAAGCAAGGGAACACAGCUUGUGCAAAGCCAAGAAGUAGCACGUUUUCAAUGCUGUCAAAAUUCGUUAAUAGAAAAUCAAGUUGGAGUCUAAUUAAUUUUUGUUGUAAAAAAUACUCCCAUAUCGAUUUUAUGUGAAAAUCGCACCAGCUAACCACACUGACAGACAACAACGAGCAUUGAAAGAAAGAAGUCCAUUUUCGUAAAUCGAAAACAUAAUUUUUGUUUCUAUAUAUUAGUAUUCUUCAGAC